AUGCAGCUUGUCUCUAAGUAUGGAUGCAAGUGGCGGACAAUAUCUCUUUUCAUGGUAUCACGUUCUGAUGUCGGCGUCAGAAACAGAUACAGACUUCUCAUGAGGCACAAAACUUCAUCUUCGAAAGGAACGAGACGAGAAAGACAAAAUUCAAAAGAUGAUGAAGUAUUAUCACCUUCGACACCACAGACAACACCACAGUAUUCGUCUCCAGAAAUGCAAACUACUGAGGUUUGCACAGAUUCUGUUUCAAAUAUAUCACAAGUACCAGUUACUUAUUCCAACCAAGACAUCAGUGGUGUUGACAUAUUCAAUGAUGAUUUCGAUUUCGACACUUUCUGUUUUGACUUCGAAUUCUAA